GCUGAUAGCACGCCAUCCGGCUGAGAAGCCCGCCAUCUUGUGCCAUACAAAGGCCGCUCCACUGACAGCAGUAAAUCCACAAAUUCCUCAAGCCAGAAAAGCCAUAAAACGGGCAAAACGAGGUCACAAAUCAAUCUCUCAAAUGAGCCAAUACUUUCUCAAGUCGUUGUUCGAGAAAUAUCAGCCCGGCGAGGCAUGGUUUCCGAGCGGUUUCGAGCCGGUGGCACCCAGUCGGGGCACGAUAGUGGGGGACUCGACGGCUCCGGGCGGCUGGCGAUGCGCAGCCGGCGUGCCCAGCGGCCCGUUUGGAUCCUACGAUAAUUCCCCGGCCGCUACGAACUGCAUGGCCGGGGCUGGGCUCAACUCCCAGGCCUUCACCGCCGCCUACAACUACCCAUCCUGUUCUUUCAAUCCCCACUACUCGCAGUCGGGAUACGAAAACCAGUUCAACUCCUACACGGGUGGCUAUGCCACGGCGAACUACCACCACCAGGGGGCUUGGAAUACCGCCGAAAAGGGGCCCACCAGCGGAGUGUUAGAGGGGGCCUGCUACCCACUACAGAUCACAAGAGUUACGCAGUUAGAUUCGGAAAGACAGCACAGUAAAGACAACCUUCUUCAAUCAAAUAAAGACAAAAAAUCGGACUCGAAUACUACAACGUACAAAGGUCCCGUCUAUGGAUGGAUGAAAAUUCCAGGGACUCAGAUGAUUGGGACAGAUAAAAAGCGCGGCAGGCAGACGUACACGCGGUACCAGACCUUGGAACUGGAGAAGGAAUUCCACUUCAACCGGUACCUGACAAGGAAGCGGCGCAUCGAGAUCGCUCAGAGCGUCUGCCUGACGGAACGACAGAUCAAGAUCUGGUUCCAGAACCGACGGAUGAAGUGGAAGAAAGAGCAGUGCAAGGACCCGUCGGCGGAGGACAACUCCCCGGGGAAGACAGAGAACGGAGACCGGGACGAAGACGAAGACGAGGAUGAGGAUGUGGACGAAGAAGAUGAAGAAGACGGGAUGGAAAAGGGGAGGUCGGACGAGGAGGGGAAGAAAUGAUGGAUAAGACAGCCGUAGAGACUGGUAGCGUUGAAUAAUCGUUGUUGUUGUGGGCAUCUGUUCUUGCUGUUCGCACCCAUUAAUACAAACAUGGCGGACAGUGCUGUACUCUAGCGGUCACGUGACUUUUACAUCCAGAGAAUAUUCCCACAGAAGGCCGCAUCGUAUUAUAUUGACCGUGUAAUAACCUACAUGUCACGCUUGCGAGUAUCGCCGAAGAUAUAUUGGCAUUUUCGUGUCCUCUUUCCCCCACCAAAAAUUGGCUGUGUAUCGUGUUUCGUUCGCUGGGGACGUAUAGUUCUCUGGUGAGAAAUUCAUUAGCUGUCCUCCUAGUGGCCUAUCACAUAGGUGAUAUGGUGCAGCUGUAUUAUGACAUAUUUUGUUUUAAGUGGGGAUGCAACAAAAAUUAUCGGCGGAAAAAAGAUUGAUUUGACACGAUUUCUCACAGAUGUAAUGAUGUUGGCCUAAUUGUUGCGAUAUUUAAUUAUUCACUGCUGUUGGUUCGGACUGCUUGCCGCAGAUGUACUGCAUAAUGACAAGAACGUGCAUGCAUUAUGAUCCUGAAUAUGUGAUGCAAUGAUGCUAAAUUUUGCAUGCCGUAGCUCUUACACUUAAUGACACAAAACUAACCGAAUUCCGAGCAUUUUUAAUAAAAAAUUCAUACAGAAUGGCAAAUCAACUGCUACUGUACAUUGCCGUCAUAAUAGACACAGAAAACAUACAGCCACUGUCAUGUUUUUCAAAUCUAUUAAUGUAUCAAAAAAUUGGAAUUAGUAUCACAUAAACAGUAUUACAUGUAGUACGAUUUUUGUGUAUUUAGCUAUUAUGUUGAAACAACAUAAUAAAGGAAUGCCCCAUGACUACAUGCAUUGUACAAACAAUAAUCCACUUCAACUUCGAUUGGUAACAUUCAACUAUUUAAAAAAGAAAGAAACGAAGAGAAAUUAGUUUGGCAAUUGGAUGGCAACAUAUUUUGAAUGAUUUCAUUCUUCCUAACAUAAUAUUAAUUGCGAUUUGAUAGUCAGCUCCAUAUAUAGUUUCUGUUCCGUUACAUGCAGCUUAAUGAAGCACAAAUUGCAAGACAAGUAAUGACCAGAAGAAUCAUUGAAUUGGCCAAUUAAUUCAUCUCUUGUUCUUUGUUUCCGUUUCUUACUGUUUGUACUUUUGUAAACGUGUAAGAACAUUGUAAACGAUCAGACAUGUUUCCAAUCUUAUUAUUUCAAAUUGAAGCCAUUUAUGCUCAAACGGACGACAAAUCCCUAAUGUAAUAUGAGUUGUACACAUUUGUCAUUGUAUUAUGAAUCGUGCGUAUAUCAGUAGCAGUAAAUAUGUUAUGGAGAUACUGGGAAAAAA